GACGUCUGAUCUGGAGUUGGGCUCACAAAAGGAAAAAUGUGUAAUAGUAAUAGUAAUAGUAGUAAUAAGUGCUUAUCUGAAAUGCUGAGACGAUCAAGGCCAUUUGUUCUCCUGAUUGUGCAGCAAUUUGGCGUUGCGGGAAUGAACAUCAUCACAAAGUUUGCUAUAAACGAAGGGAAGAGCCAACUAGUUUUGGUAGUUUAUCGACAUGUUGUCGCUGCUAUUGCUAUCGCGCCUUUUGCAAUUUUGUUAGAGAGGAAAACAAGGCCCAAGAUGACUUACAGCAUAUUCGGCAAGAUUAUGUUGCUGGGCUUACUAGAACCGGUAAUGGAUCAGAAUUUGUACUACACGGGGAUGAAGUACACAACAGCAACUUUUGCUACUGCCAUGCUUAAUCUUGUUCCGGCAUUUGUAUUUGUUUUGGCCUGGAUUUUCAGGCUUGAAGAUGUGAAAAUUACAAGUCUUCGUAGUCAUGCAAAGAUGUUGGGAACCAUUGUCACCCUUGGAGGAGCAAUGGUAAUGGCCUUGUUUAAUGGGCCACCGUUAAAUUUGCCAUGGACUAAACAAACUUACCAUCAUGAUCACCACUCCAUAAAUGCUGCAAAUAAAGUCUCUAUCAAAGGUGCUCUAAUGAUAAUAUCAUCAUGUGUAUGCUGCGCGUUUUAUGUCAUACUUCAAGCAGUCACACUGAAGACGUACCCUGCUGAACUCUCCUUAACAACUCUUAUAUGUUUAACGGGAGCCAUACAAGGGGCUGUCCUGGCCUUAGGAAUAGAGUGGGGCAAUCCCUCAGCCUGGUCCUUAAACUCAAAACCCAUGUUGGCUGUGGCACUUUAUGGAGGAGUAUUUCGUUCGGGACUUGGUUACUAUAUUCAAGGUUUAGUGAUGAAGGAUAAGGGGCCGGUUUUCGUGACUGCUUUUAAUCCUUUAGGACUCGUUGUUGUUGCAAUAAUUAGUUCCUUCAUUUUGUCGGAGCUAAUGUACUUGGGAAGAGUAAUUGGAGCUGUUGUCAUUAUAUUCGGCUUAUACAUGGUUCUAUGGGGCAAGAGCAAAGACAAGCCUCGGUCGAAGCAGAUAGAACAAAUUUUAGCACCGACAAGAGUUGAACAUGACUUGACCACAAAUAAGAAAAGUGGAGCACAUACAAAGAUUUCAAAUCAAGAACUUGUAGUCAUUGAAGUUGAAGAUCCGGACACAAAUCUGUCUACAGGAACCAAACCUAUAUAAUAUAUAUAUA